UAUUCCAAAAUCCAACCAGAGAUGUGAGUUACAUGCUUUCUCCUUUUCCCUCUAUCUUUCCCUUCUGGCUCCCCUCCAAAGGUCUUUGCUUCUCAGUCAGUCUUUUCUCAAGAUGAAACCCCUGCUGGUUCCAGCCAUUUUGGUUGCCCUGAUGCAACUUUCUCAGAGCUUCCCCAUCUGGUACCACAAAGGCUGGCUGCGACUGCUCAGAGAAGGGGACAGCUGUGGCAAGUGCAAGUUGGAACAAUGCGCCGUGCCAACAAACUGCCGUGCUGGAAUAGUGUUAGAUCCUUGUGGAUGCUGUCCUGAGUGUGCAAACUCCAAAGGACAAAUCUGUGACUUGGACGCAAGGAGUAAUUUCUAUGGCCACUGCGGAGACAACCUGGAGUGCCAGCUGGAUGUUGAGAACAUUAAAUUUGGAGAAAUCCCUGAGCCUCAGUGUGUGUGCACAUCUCAGGAAAGUGUUUGUGGACCUGAAGGGAAGACCUAUGAGAAUAUCUGCCAGUUCCAUGAAGCUUAUGCAGAGAAGGGGACCAAUGGGAGCAUAAAGCACAAAGGACCCUGUGAAUCGGCUCCUGUUAUUUCUUUGCCACCGCAAGAUACCCAGAAUUUCACAGGAAAUGAUGUCAUUUUUGGUUGUGAGGUGUCUGCCUACCCAAUGCCACACCUUGAGUGGAAGAAGAAAGGAAACAAAAUGUUUUUGCCAGGAGAUGAUGCUCAUAUUUCCAUCCAGGCAAGAGGUGGGCCCCAAAAAUACAGCAUAACUGGAUGGUUACAAAUUCAAGGAAUCAAGAAGUCAGAUGAAGGCAUCUACAUAUGCCAAACAAAAAACAAAUAUGGGUUUGCCUAUUCCUCAGCAAGGCUGGAAGUUAUUGAUGAUUCACCCCCAGCAUUUCAGAAAUCUCCCAGCAGCCAAAUGACCACCAGUAGUACAGAUUAUGGAGACUAUUUUGACCCUUCUGAACAUGAGGAGGAGGCAGAAUAUGGAUCUGGAGACUAUGAAAGAUGAAACAUGUUCCUAUUGUGUAAGGGAAUCUUUGUGUUCAGCCCUCAUCCAUAUCCUCUGUUUUUACUUGCUCAGGCUUACAAAUAA